GCUCGCUUCUGAUCACGGGAUCGUUGUUAAUCAUCGUUAUCGGUGUACCACGAAACCGUCAACCGAUUCAUAGCGACGAGAAACCGAUAUUAUUGUCGCACAGUGAGUGUUGGGUAGCGCCCGAACAAGUAUUUUGGAAGAAUCAUCGCUGUAUCAUCUUUGUCGCCGUCGUCUUCUUUGUCGUCGUCAUCGUGCAAACUAAGAGCCUGGUGUUUGCCGAAAGAUUGCGCGCAACAGUGUUGAUUUUCCCCGACUACCAAUAAGAAGAACAUAGCGAACCACUCUAUAUCUCUGUGUUGAAAGCGGCACGCAAGUAUAUACUUAUACACAGUGUCUUCUCUCGCUUCGCGACAGCCUAUUCGAAGCAGGGGAUCCUCCAAUCGGAAAUUGCAGAAACUUGGUAUUCACCUCUACACUUCUACUUUAGCCUUCGUAUUCGCGAUUCACGAAUAACGAACUAACGGAUAUAUCGUUUCCGUAUCGUGUCGCGUGUGCGUAGAGCGCGUGUCAAGCGUGCGAUGAACGGCAACGGCAGACCUCAUGGAGAGAACAGAGGACGAAAUGGCCACGUGCUUGUGUGGGAACAGCCAGGCCUGGAGGAAGAGGAGUCACCUGCGCGAAUACGUAAAACAUUGGUGGGGUCGCGUCACAUAGUGACUCUGAUGCUGUUCUUCGGUAUGGCGAAUGCUUAUGUGAUGAGAACAAACAUGUCUGUGGCGAUCGUCGCGAUGGUCAAUCACACUUCCAUCACGGAGAGCAAGGAACCUGUGUUGAAUGAGUGCGGACACGAGAAUGCGAGCCAUGAUUUUUCCACCUUAGCCAACCAUGGCGACGGAGAGUUUCAUUGGGACAGCACCAUGCAGGGUUACUUGCUCAGCUCGUUCUUCUACGGUUACGUCAUCACGCAAAUACCAUUCGGAAUACUCGCGAAACGUUACGGAUCGAAAUACUUCUUGGUCGGUAUGCUGAUCAAUUCGAUGUUUGGACUGCUGGUCCCUGUGUCCGCACGUGCCGGUUACCAUUGGCUGAUGAUCGUUCGAUUUAUUCAAGGUUUGGGCGAGGAAUGGAUUAUCCCUAUUGCAGGUCCUAUUGUGCCUUGCACACACGCGAUGCUGGCCAAGUGGAUACCGCCUAAUGAACGUAGUAGAAUGGGAGCCUUCGUAUACGCUGGCGCUCAGUUCGGUACUGUUAUUUCAAUGCCUUUGAGCGGUGUCUUGUCCCGGCAUGGAUUCGAUGGCGGUUGGCCCUCCAUCUUUUACGUGUUCGGCGCCGUUGGCACCAUCUGGUGUGUAGCAUUCCUACUCAUGAUUUACGAGGAUCCGGAAAGCCAUCCUCGUAUAGCCGAGGACGAGAAGAAGUACAUUUUGAGCGCCUUGUGGGGCAACGCUGGUGCCUCUUCUCCACCGGUACCAUGGUUAUCGAUCGUCACGUCGUUACCGUUCUGGGCCAUCCUUAUAGCACACAUGGGACAAAAUUAUGGAUACGAAACGUUGAUGACCGAGCUACCGACCUUCAUGAAACAAAUCUUGAACUUCGAUAUUGAAUCGAACGGCACCGUUUCCGCCCUUCCUUACUUAGCAAUGUGGAUAUUCUCGAUGUUGAUCUCUCACGUGGCCGACUGGAUGAUCUCCAGUGGGAAAUUCAAUCACACGUUCACGCGAAAAAUCGUGAACAGUAUCGGCCAGUUCGGACCGGCGAUCGCCCUUGCAGCCGCUUCCUAUACCGGAUGCAAUUCCUGGCUGACCGUGGCCAUUCUCACGGUCGGCGUGGGUUUGAACGGGGGUAUAUAUUCCGGAUUCAAAGUAAAUCAUUUAGAUAUCUCACCAAGAUUUGCCGGCAUUUUAAUGUCGUUUACCAAUUGCUUGGCUAACUUGGCCGGCCUAUUGGCGCCUAUCACGGCCGGAUACAUAAUCGUCGGGCCGCCGACUCAUGCGAAAUGGAGGCUCGUCUUCAUGAUCUCGGCCGGCGUGUAUGUCGCCUGUGCCACGUUUUACGUGAUAUUCGGCUCGGGACAACGACAACCCUGGGACAAUCCUGACAAGGACGAAGAGAGGCAACACGAGAAACAAGACUUGCGAUGCGUUAAAACUGUUUCGGAAACGCAACAUUGACGAGAUAGCGUGCUAGUUAUCUUCCCGCGCCCUCCUCCACGUGUUUCUCAUUCUGUGUCAAUCUCGUUCCUUUUUUCCGCGACCGGAUGCGAGAAUCCGGACCAUGGUCCGUUUCGAUUAUCUCCUUCGCUUCUUCUCUCCUCCGCGUAUCAUUAUUCAUCUCGAGGCCGGUCGGAUCUCGAUGAUUCGAAUUUUGGAUUUGGUGAACAUUGAUGAGAAAUGAUGAAAAAGCAACGUGUCAGGAGUCGUGUUGUACAUGAAUCCUUGAACGCUAGACGAAAUCCUAGAUGCGAGAAAGAAGAAACGAACGCGAAUAUUAUUUUCCAGCAAAUUGCACUCGAAGCACAGAAUCGCGACGAAUCGUUUCGAACGAUUAAUUUCCUCUUUUUUUUUUCUCUCUCUCGCUGUACGCGAGGAACCGUUUGUUCUUCGCUCGUGAGCCAAGUUAAAACGCACGCAAAUAUUUUUGCUUAUAAGAUAGUCAAAUCGGAAAUCACGAUCCUACGUCAACCACGGAUAAAAUUAAAGAAAAGACACGUGUCUUCAGAUAUGUACCACUACACAUGUAUUUGUGCAUGCAUGCGCGUGCGUGCUUGCGUGUCAAUUUGUACGAGAGACACGGGAAAGGAGAGAACGAUAAGCGUGUGAGAAAGCGAGCGAACGAAAAAUAGAGAGCAGAUGUAAUUUUUACAUUUUUUUUUUUUUAUUUAAUUACUGAAAUUACGUGCUUUUCGAUCAAAGAAUAUGAAUAACAAAGAUCAAAUGGACACGUUAAUUUCCAUUAUACGAUAUAGACACGGCUGGCAAUAAUAAGCCGGAAGGGACGAUCGAUCCAAAUUUUCAGCUUAUUUCUGAAUUUCUGUACUGAAUUUAUGGAUCGCGCAUUCCUUCCUUCCUUUCCUUUUGAUCAAAAGUAGCGUUCGAUAUCACAAUCAAUCGUGCUUUGCGCAAAGUGCGAUGCAACGCCCGUAUACCCAUUAUAUACUAUCGUACGAGGAAACGGAGAAAUACGAUAACAGUAUUAGAGCAAAUAUCCUCGCAUCUCUUCGGUCUUCGUCUUCGUUCGUUACUUGCCAUUACUAUGUUAUAGCGAGCAACUGCCAUUUUGUAUUGUUAGAUCGAACAUCGAUCGCGAAA